GGAGAGAAGAGGGUAAGGGGAGAAUAACUCACGGUAGGAUACAACGUGAAACAGUUCCCUGAAGAGUGUCACAAUGUUCCUGGUACAAUAUACAGGUAUAGUAUGUUUUAUUUUAUCUGAAAUUCCUUUUUGUUUCAAAUUUCUCUCCUAUUUUGCCUCCAGUUCAACUGUACUGAAGGACAAAUAAGGUUGUAAUGAGCUAAACAAAAUAGCUGCAUAAAACAUGCCUGCCCCUUGCUAUGAUGUUUAUAGCAGAUUGCUAUAUAAAAUCUGGGUUUUUUAUUAAAUUGGUAGUCCCAGUCCCUUAAUUGUGCAUGCUUCUCUGCUGUAUUCUUGUAUUGAAUUUCUCAAGUCUUAUGUCUGCAACUGGUAGUAUGUGAUACAGCCUAGAGUGUUUAUACAGAAGACACAGUGCUUUGGAAGCAAAAAGCAAUUUUUAAACACUUAGUAUGUUGUGUUUCUCUUGAGUUCAUUAACUCCUGUGUUUGUUAAUUGGUUGUUUAGAUUUGGAAUGUAGUUAAGAGUGAGGAAACUUAAAAUAGGAAGCAUUCCAGAACAUAUUUUAUUUGGUAAAUUUCUUUUUAUUUCAUUAUUUAAGUCAGACUGAUGAACAUUAUAUAUUUUUGUUGUUUGUUCUCCCUGUAGAAAAAAAGUGCUAGAAACAGCAAGGCUAAAAAUGCCAGCUCCAAACCAUUUUUAUUGUAAAAUAUCAUUGGACCAAAAGUGUUCUUAAGUAUUCUCUUAAGCUUUCGGAAACAUAUUGGUCCAUAAUAAUGAACUUGAUGACUGAUCAGGUAUUGGUGAAUGUUUAAAAGGCUUCUUAUACAACAGUUAUACAGAAAGGAUCCUUCCAAAUGAAAAAAAAACCGUGAGAAAGUUUCACUUUCUUGCUGAACAGAAGCUUAGUUCUUACAACCACAUGUUUUGAUAAGUUUAAAUAUCAUUUAUUGUCAAGGACGUUCACCUCCAUACUUGCUUUAUUGUCCUUAAAAUAUUUUGCUCCUGUGCUUACGAGCUAAAAGAUCAUAUUCUGUUUUGAUGCGUGGUUUGACAGUUGAUUUCACUCCUCAUUAAUUGGACAGCAUGCAGAUGAUGUGGAGAAGUGAGUGAGUGACAAUAUUUCAAGGUUACGCUGAAGAGCAUACAGUGAACCUUAGUGCCUGGACCAACAGCUGCUGAAUUGAAUUGUCUGCAAUUAAAGCAACAGCAGGAUUGAACCAGCUGCCCUUUGACCCUGCCAACAACAACGAGCCCCUGCAGUUUGGUAGUGCCAGUGGCCCUCUGGUCACGGAAGGCCUCAUUGAGAAUGGAGGGGAGUCAAGCAAGAAAAGAAAAAGAACAAAUGCUCCUUCAGGCAGAUUCCCCAGCACCACCCAGAUGAAAACCUCAGAUGUGGACCCUGGACCUUGGCUAUUUAGCCAGCACUCCAGGUGAUUCUGAUGCACGUGGUUGGACCCUCCACUUUGACAAAUGCAAGUCUGAUAAUAGUAGAACUCUGAAUGUGGAUUCCACUGCAAUGACACUGCCUAUGUCUGAUCCAACUGCAUGGGCCACAGCAAUGAAUAAUCUUGGAAUGACACCACUGGGAAUUGCUGGACAACCAAUUUUACCUGACUUUGAUCCUGCUCUUGGAAUGAUGACUGGAAUUCCACCAAUAACUCCAAUGAUGCCUGGCUUGGGAAUAGUACCUCCUCCAAUUCCACCAGAUAUGCCAGUAGUAAAAGAGAUAAUACAUUGUAAAAGCUGUACCCUCUUCCCUCCAAAUCCAAAUCUUCCUCCUCCUGCAACCCGAGAACGACCACCAGGAUGCAAAACAGUAUUUGUGGGUGGCCUGCCUGAAAAUGGGACAGAGCAGAUCAUCGUGGAAGUGUUCGAACAGUGUGGAGAGAUCAUUGCUAUUCGGAAGAGCAAAAAGAACUUUUGUCAUAUUCGCUUUGCUGAAGAGUACAUGGUGGACAAAGCCCUUUAUCUUUCUGGUUACCGUAUUCGCCUGGGCUCCAGCACUGACAAGAAGGACACAGGUCGACUCCAUGUUGAUUUUGCACAGGCUCGAGAUGACCUGUAUGAGUGGGAAUGCAAACAGCGUAUGCUAGCAAGGGAGGAGCGCCACCGUAGGAGGAUGGAAGAAGAAAGAUUGCGCCCGCCAUCCCCACCCCCAGUGGUCCACUAUUCAGAUCACGAAUGCAGCAUUGUUGCUGAAAAACUGAAAGAUGAUUCCAAAUUCUCAGAAGCCGUGCAGACCUUGCUCACCUGGAUUGAACGAGGAGAGGUAAACCGUCGCAGUGCCAACAACUUCUACUCCAUGAUCCAGUCAGCCAACAGCCACGUCCGCCGCCUGGUGAAUGAGAAAGCCACCCAUGAGAAAGACAUGGAAGAAGCCAAGGAGAAGUUCAAGCAGGCCCUUUCUGGAAUUCUCAUUCAAUUUGAGCAGAUAGUAGCUGUGUACCAUUCUGCCUCCAAACAGAAGGCUUGGGACCACUUCACAAAAGCUCAGCGGAAAAACAUCAGUGUUUGGUGCAAACAAGCUGAGGAAAUUCGCAACAUACAUAAUGAUGAAUUAAUGGGAAUCAGGCGAGAAGAAGAAAUGGAGAUGUCUGAUGAUGAAAUAGAAGAAACAACAGAAACGAAAGAAAUUGAGGAAUCAGCCUUAGUAUCACAGGCAGAAGCACUGAAGGAAGAAAAUGACAGCCUCCGUUGGCAGCUCGAUGCCUAUCGGAAUGAGGUAGAACUGCUCAAGCAAGAACAAGGCAAAGCCCACAGAGAAGAUGACCCAAACAAGGAACAGCAGCUGAAACUCCUGCAACAAGCCUUGCAAGGAAUGCAACAGCAUCUACUCAAAGUUCAAGAGGAAUACAAAAGGAAAGAAGCUGAACUUGAAAAAAUCAAAGAUGACAAGUUACAGGUGGAAAAAAUGUUGGAAAAUCUUAAAGAAAAGGAAAGCUGUGCUUCUAGACUGUGUGCAUCGAGCGAGGAUAGUGACUACCCUCUUGAGAAGACCCUGAACAGCAGUCCAAUCAAAUCGGAACGUGAAGCACUGCUAGUGGGGAUUAUCUCCACAUUCCUUCAUGUCCACCCAUUUGGAGCAAGCAUUGAAUACAUCUGUUCCUACUUGCACCGUCUAGAUAAUAAGAUCUGCACCAGUGACGUGGAAUGUCUCAUGAGCAGACUCCAGCACACCUUCAAGCAGGAAAUGACUGGAGUUGGAGCCAGUCUGGAGAAGAGAUGGAAAUUCUGUGGCUUUGAAGGCUUGAAAUUGACCUGAAUUCCUUUACCUAACAACCUGGGAUCCUGAAAAUAAAUGUGUGUUGGACAAGCUUAAAAAGUGAUUUGUAUUCUCAAUGGUUUUCAAGUGGAAAUUGCUUUAAAUGUUUCAGUUCAUUCCUCGAAUAUCUUUUCAGUUAAAAUAAGGAUCCUAGAGCACCUCCUCAAGCUAUAGGCCCAAAAAAGAAAUUGACUCAAACCUCAAGUGCUGUAACUUUUCCUUUCCUGUCAAUUGGUUGUCUCUUUUUUAUUGGUAGUAUUGAAAAAGGCCUGAGGCUAAAGAGUAUUUGGGGUAUUUUCUGUGUCUGUAUUACUGUUAUAGAAUUUGGUAUUUUUUUAAACAUUGUUAAUUGAAAUGUUUUGAUGAUUUGUAUGUGAUUUGUGUUUCAAAACUUCUCUUCACAUUAAUGUUGCUACUGGUGAGAGAAAUGAAAGGAGCACCAAGUACUCCAUACUGAAAUCGUGUUUCCAAUCCCCAGAAGGCCAGUAAAUGAAUAACACAUCAGCAUCUUCUAGAAGGUGCUUGACCAGGUUUAAAAGACAAAGCAUGGUUUGUGGCUUUUGCGAAUUACUGUGAACCAAAAGUUGACAAAUUUUCCAAAGUUAUUUUCUCUAAUAUAUCAGAUGAAAGGUUUAUUUCAGAAUUUUUGAAAAAUCUUGGUGUAUUCACAGAAAGCAAGUAUCCAGUGUGACUGGUAUGUGUACACGCUAUUCAGCAUCACCUUGUAAAUAGUUUGCUUUUAAAGGAGGGCAUGUUUAGUUUUCUGUGAAUUAAAACACAUGUGUGCAUAUGUGCGCCUACUCACACACAUGCACACACAUUAGCAGAAGGGAUUUGUUUUAAUAUGCUUUCCUCUCUGGCCUUCUUACAAAAUCUGUUGGUCCCUUUUCUUCUGCUGUCAGUGUGCUGAAUUGCAAACCAUGUACUGCUGUAAGUAACUGUUUACUUCAUCUGAAUAUUUGCAAAGAGUUGAUAGAAGUUAAUAGAGAAGUCCUGGUAAUGAAUAAAUGGGCCAGGGUGUGUGAGGCUUCCUGCAAAUAGGUCAUCCCCACCCAGAGUGCUGAUUGCCAGGAGCACCUCCAGUUAUAUGGUGCCCAUCAGCACAUACAGUGGCAGAGGUACGUGGACCAGUCAGGAUGUACCUGGUUGAUGGAAAAGAAAAGGGAAGAAUGAGCAUUGGGGGCUCAUAUCCUGAGGCGGAGAUGAUCUUUUCUUCUGUGGUGUUGGUGGUGCUUUAACAGCACAAGCAUGCCCUUCCUGGAGUCUUGAUUCAAAAUAAGAGAAUGUAAUAAGUAAGUAAAGCCAAUGAAGAGUAUUUCAGGAAAAUCCUUUGUAAACAAGAUGUCAGUAGUGUUCAAAGUUGUAUUUUUAAAACAUAAAUAUUCCUUUUUUAUACCUCA